GGGUCAGAGUUCAAAGUUGAAGGGACACAGCCGGUGUUGAUAUGGCUCCGGCUAUAAAGGGGGCUUAUCGAGUUCUACCGCUACGAAUUUCGCUCUUUUCGUGUUACAGACAUGCGGUCCCGAAUGGCGCCGGGCUCGCGCACAGACCCACGGCGGUCACGAGCCUGCGGGCGGCGGCGAGUUCCCGCGAGGAGACCCCCCACGACGAGAAGUACUGUUUGGAUCUCGUGAGGUCGCGGGACUACGAGGGUUUCCUGUGCUCCCUGCUGCUCCCUGCGGCGGCACGGCGCUCCUCCCUGGCGCUCAGGGCCUUCAACGUGGAGCUCGCCCAGGUGAAGGACUCCGUCUCCCAGAAGACCGCAGGCUUGAUGCGGAUGCAGUUCUGGAAGAACGCCGUUGAGGACAUCUUCAGGGACGGGCCACCGGCGCAGCCCGUCGCCACUGAGCUCUGGAGGGCGGUGAAGAAGCACGGCUUGACCAAACGGUGGCUGAUGAGGAUCAUCGCUGAAAGGGAGAAGGACAUGGAGGACAAGGCGUACCGCAGCCUGCAGGAGCUGGAGUCCUAUUCGGAGAACACCCAGUCCUCCCUGUUGUACCUGCUGCUGGAGUGUCUGGGGGUGCGAGACAUCCAGGCAGACCAUGCCGCGAGCCACGUAGGGAAGGCGCAGGGCAUCGUCACGUGUCUGAGGGCCACUCCGUACCACAGCCGUCGCCGCAAGGUUUACCUGCCCAUGGACAUCUGCAUGCUGCACGGCGCUUCGCAGGAGGACUUCAUACGGGGGAGUGGAGAGCAGCGCGUCAGGGACGUGGUGUACGACGUGGCGAGCCAGGCCCACGUCCACCUGCAGCACGCCAGAUCGUUCGGCAAGAAUGUUCCGGCGACCGCCACCCCAGCCUUCCUCUACACAGUGGCACUUGAGGACUACCUGCAGCGCGUGAGGAAGGUGCACUUUGACGCGUUCCACCCAAGCCUGCAGAAGAGGAACCCUCUGCUUCCGGUUCACCUCUACCUCAGGUCAUGGAGGACUACGUUCUGAUGUCUUGCGGCUCCUUCCGCACACGUGCUUCCUCCUGCGAAGGUGUUGACCCUACUCUAGCAAAGUGUUUACUGUGUUUGUAAUGAAUCCUCUAAUUUAUUGCCUACCUAUUACCUUUACCUGACUGCAGCUUACAGGGUGAGGGUUAUGCGCUGAGAGACUUACCCUGUUUUUGCCUAUUUAUACAGCAGUUUCAGGAAAAGUACUUUGAGCAAAGCUACUGCAAAAGGAUGAGGGAUUCAAACCUACGACCCUGCAGUUGUCGCUGCUCCACCCAUAACUCCAUAAAAACCAAAAAACGUGGUAUUCCUUUGAUUGUAAUUUUUACUGUUUGGGUUUUACACCAGCAGUGAGGUGUACAAAAUAUGAAAUAGUGAAGAUGCUGUAAUGCGAA